AUGACUACGUCCGCCUCUCCUGUGCGACCCUCGCGGUCAUCCCCCUCUUCCUCUUCUCCCUCUCCCUCUUCUUCCUCAUCUUCUUCCUCGUCUUCCUCAUCUCCUUCCUCAUCUUCUUCCUCGUCUUCCUCAUCUUCUUCCUCAUCUUCUUCCUCGUCUUCCUCAUCUUCUUCCUCAUCUUCUCCCUCGUCUUCCUCGUCUUCUUCCUCUUCUUCAUUUUUCCCCUCUUCUUCUCCCUCGCUUCGGCAUGGGGGAGCUUUGGGACAGAAGCCUCGUCGCUCUAGAGCCUACGGGAGUUGUCGGUCAAUCUCCGAUUUUGAAAUCAAAGAAGUGAUUGGCGAAGGCACCUACGGCAGAGUGUGGAGAGCCUACGACAAGCGCCACGAUGUCGUCGUCGCUGUGAAGCAAAUGCGCCUCGCGCAGCAACAGAGUAACCACGAAGGUUUUCCGCGAACCGCCGUGCGGGAAAUCGGAUUGCUGAAACAACUCCAACACCCCAACAUUGUCGAGUUGAUGGAAGUCGUGUGUGGACCUGAUUUGACGCUCAAGCAAAAAACAGGGAAAGCGAGCAGCCAGCCUUACUCAGGAAGCAAUUCCGUUUACCUCGUGUUUGAGCACUGUGAACGGGACCUUGGGGUGUUGUUGGACACGCGGUCGCAGCCUUUUUCAGCGAGCGAAAUCAAGCACAUCAUGCGACAGUUGCUGCUGGCUCUGCAUCAUCUCCAUUCGAAUUUUGUGAUUCAUCGGGACGUGAAACUCUCAAACAUUUUAAUCAGCUCGAACGGUUCGAUCAAACUCGCGGACUUUGGCCUCACUCGGACAUUCACCGAGCCUGGACAUGCCAUGACAGACGGCGUUGUGACUCUCUGGUAUCGGGCGCCGGAACUGCUCUUUGGGGCCUCGACCUACAACGAGAAAAUCGACAUGUGGGCCGUCGGCUGCAUUUUUGGAGAGCUUCUGCUGAACAAUCCCUUUUUGCCAGGAAAGACCGAGCAAGAGCAGGUGAAUUUGAUGUGUGGACUGCUGGGCGUGCCCGACGCUGCCACGUGGCCCGAACUGGGGAGGUUGCCCGGCUACUCGCAGCUCCAGCUGCCUUGCUCUCCCAAAACCAGUUCACUUCGAGAGCUCUUCCGGAAGGAGACGCCCAACUGCGUCGACCUGCUGAGCCGCCUUCUCAUCUACAAUCCCGCAAACAGAAUUUCUGCUCGUGAUGCACUGCUUCACCCGUACUUCACCGACCAGCCUGCGAUGAGCUGUGUGCGCCUCCUCUCCACGAACACCCAACUGACGGCGCUCCAGAGACAAGACGGGGCCCGAGCGAAGCGGCGCUGGCCGAAUGCGGAAGUUCCGAAGGAGAAAGCUCGAAAAACGCGAAAUGCUGGCUCGGAAAGGGAGAACCUCAUUCUGGAGGCGAAGCGCAUCCACAAGGCGUCGAUUUUUGACUAA